UUUUUUUUUUAUAUUCCACACAUAUACAUAAUCAUGUCCAAAAGUAUUGGAGCUCUUGGAUUAAAAGGAAAACAAGACUGGAAAACAUCUAUCUACAGCUUUUCACGCAACACACGCAACAAUAUAUUAUGGGAAAAGGAUGGAUCAGCUAAAACGACGUUGAAACAUUUCUUCCAAUCACAUCUUACCUCCACACCCACAUUUCAUCAUUCACCACUCAAAGUAUCGAUUCAAAUGUUCUACUAUGCUGACCCUACCUUUGGUAAAGUACAACUACACAACUUGGCUCCAUUGGAAAAGCUACUUCGAUCACUGUAUCCCAACAAAUAUGUGGAUCUUCGCCUGAUCCGUGUCCAUUAUCCUUAUAUGAAUGCUGAAAUCCUCGCACAAUACUUGACGAUCAAUGCUGAACGGUCCGGCUGGUCCACACUCACACGUAAAUUCAUGAAGGGUGUUCCUAUGGUCAAGGCUCCUUUACCUCACAAUAUGCCAUUUGCCGUGCAAUGGAAUAGUCUUUUACCUCAAGUCGCUAAUGGUCAACUCACUUCGGCCAUUCAAGGGGUUAAGUAUGAAGUUUCUGGUCGUCUUGGUAGAAGAAAGGGUGCUUCCCGUACUCAGGUGCUUCGCAAGUCUUUGGGUACCUUCCAAUUCACUUCUCACAAGUCUCUUGUCGAUGUCGGUCGUCACACUUUUGCCAACAAGAAUGGUAGUAUUACUGUCAAGGUCUGGAUUGCUUCUGCUCUCUUUGGUGUUAAUGCUCUGGCUAAGAAAUUGGCUACUUCUUCCUCUACUCCUAAUGCUGUUUCCAAUGCUAUCAAGAAAUGAUUCCUUCUUUUUCAAUCAUCAAGCUUUUGUUUAGUUUAGAAUAUAUCAAGAAUAGACUAGUAUAGUAUAAUUUUUAUAUAGAAUUGUUUAUUCUUUUUUUUUUAUUUGGAUUGUGUACAAAUGUGUAAUAAAAAAAAACAUGUGAU